AUGUCCCGCGACCGCAGCAGCACGCACCGGCGCCGCAGCGUCGCCGCACGCCUGAUGCGGCUCGCCGCAGCGGGCCUCGUCAUGGCCGUCGGUGCCGCCGCCGUGUGGGUGCAGGCCGCCGGCCAUCACUGCAUCCACGACAGGCUGCAGGCCCGCGUGCUGCAGUCGGUGGCGCAGCAGCACAGGCCUCCCGGCAGCGUCUCGGCCCUCGGUCUGCCCUACGUGUCCGCCGACCCCAUCAGCAGCGCUCACACCGUCGACUGGGCGCAGGCCGACAGCACGUCGCCGAGUGUCGCGCACUCCGCGGACUGGGGUACUAUGCGGAUCUACGUCUCUUACGCAGACCUCAUAGACCCCGACUACUACUGCUCCUACGUCGGGCAGCUUAUCGACAACCAUCGCGGUGCCAUCGACAUCUGCGAAGCCAAAGACAUCCUCACGGAGGAGAAGCGCCACAUCCUGAUCAACAUCCUCUUACCACUGGCGCUGCAGCUGCAUGUGGAGCGGCUGAAGGUGAGGCAGGUGCAGGGUACCUGGAAGGUGACCGGCAUGGAGGGCGACGUGUGCGGCGAGUUCAAGGUGCCGGAGGAACACGUCACGGUAGGCUUCAGCAACAUCGACUUCGUGCUGUACGUCGCCUCGGUGCCGAUCGAGGGGAAUAUCCUUGCGUGGUCCGCGUUCUGCCAGGUGUUCCCUGACGGCCGACCUGCCGUGGGUGUCAUCAACAUCCCGGCGGCCUACAUUCGGUCACCCUACGACCAAAUUAUGGUACGCACCGUAGCGCACGAGGUGGCGCACGCCCUCGGCUUCAACCGCAUUUUUUUCGACAGCUUCGGCAUGGUGACGGCCGCCAUUGGAAUUCGUGGCAAAGACUAUUAUGCUCCUGUGCUCAACACCCCCACGGUGGUGACCAAGGCACGCGAGCAGUACGGCUGCACCCUCUUGAGCUUUCUUGAGCUGGAGGAUACGGGUGGCCCUGCCUCUCUUGGCUCGCAUCUUAAGGGGCGCAACGCCAAGGACGAGCUCAUGUCUUCUGUCGUUAAGGGAGGGUACUACACCGCCCUGACCAUGGCCGUCUUCCAGGACCUCGGCUUCUACCAGGCGGACUUCAGCAUGGCCGAGGUGAUGCCGUGGGCCUAUCUCGCCACCUGCGACUUCCUCACCAAUAAGUGCAUGGAGAGGAACAUCACGCAGUGGCCCGGGAUGUUCUGCAACACCACUGACGUUCUUCUGCGCUGUUCCACUGACCGACUGACCCUCGGAACGUGCAAAUUUACCCAACGGAAAAGGCCGCUGCCGACGUACUUCCAGUACUUCACUGACUCCUUCAUCGGCGGAUUCUCACCGUUCAUGGACUACUGCCCGUACGUGGAUACCUACCCCGACGGUGCUUGCAAUCAGGACCCAUCGAUGGCAUCGCCUUCUUUAAUGGAGUUCAACGUCUUCUCCGACGCGGCGCGCUGCUUGGAUGGCGUCUUCAGACCGAAGCACGGCAUCGUUCACGGUAACCACUACAACGGCUUGUGCGCCAACGUGAAGUGCGACAGAGUCCACCACAGGUACAGCGUCCAGGUGUACGGCAGCAGCGGCUACGUCGCAUGCACGCCGGGCCAAAGCAUUGAGCUGGCCACGACCAGCGACGCCUUCGUGGAAGGCAGCUACAUUAUGUGCCCGCUGUACGUGGAGGUGUGCCAGGCCAACAUCAAGGGAGUCAUAGACUUCGAGGGAGACGCUGCCGACACAGCGGCGGUGUGA